AUGGCAAUUAUUCUUUAGUUACAAAUUAAAUUUGUUAUGAUUGGAAUUAUGUUUGUGUUCUUGGUAUUACUGGUUGUAUAUAUCAAGUAUCUUAUCUUAUAAAUACAACUUAGACUGGAGAGAUUGAAUAUAAUUUAAAAUAAUUUCUCAAUACUAUUCAUAUUAAUGUUUUUAGUAAGACGGUAAAAGGCAUAACAUGUAAAUUGCCAAAUUAAUACAACAGCCGUUACAGAUCGUGAUGUCUAUUAGUGA